AUGGAGAAAACUCCUUCAAAGACAGAGCAGGCCUUCAGUCUGCUCAUUCUCACAUUCGUAUUCUUCUACGGAAUAGUAGCACUUAAGAGACGUAUUCAUAAAUCACAACCCACUCCCGUUUACGCCGCCGACAAGUCCUCCACCGAAAACAUGCCCGCACCCUCCUCCCUUGAACUCGAAUUCUCGAGACUCCGAAGCGCGUGGGAAGCCUCACAAGGACCCGCCGCCCUCAGAGCCAUCCUCCAACGCCGCACCAACCCCAUCGACAUCUGGAUAGGCAUCGGCCUCGGCAGCUUCCAAACACAUCAGACGAUCCCAUCAAUGACUCGGCCAGGCGAGUCCAUACGCGCUCUACUGCCCUCCAAGAGACGGCUCGCCCAACUCGUCAUUUUCUGCGAAAUCGCUCAAAUCCUUUUCGAGGAACGCAUCACGUUCGGCGUACCCACCCGCCGGCCAUUCCGCUUCUGUGCCCAAGAUCCAAAUUUUACCGGCUCGGACGUGGGAUUCCUAGCUUCGCUGGGCAUCACCGUCAUCAAAAACGCCGCGAACCUCAUCGGCCCUUCCACAGGCGCAUUCUGCCCAUAUCUCGUGGGUAGGAUCGAUAUCCGAGUGAUCGCCAAAAGCCCGGGGCUUUACAUUGGUUACAGUCUCUCGCGGCGAAUCCAAAGGUCUAACUACUUGGGGAGAGAACAUCCAGCACAGAACAAGGCUGAGAGGGAGUUACUAUUGAGGAGCGUUGAGACGGCGUUUCCGGUCGUGGACGGGGACGGGUGGUGGGGGCCUUCGGUUGAUGCAGUGCAGUGGGAGAGGAGGAUGGGUGAGAAGGGGGAUGCUGUUAAGGGGAUGUGUCUUUAUUGGCCCAGAUAG